AUGCCGCAAUUAAUACGUUUUCGUCCUUGUACCAUAUCAACUAUUCCCUACGUCACUGUCCCGCAUCCAAACCUUGCCUCUCAUCAAACUCACCUCAGUACUAUCGAUCGAUUCCUCAAACACGAUGCAAUCGUCCAUAUCAAACUUGCCUUCGAGGAUCACAAUAGCAACUACAUCCAAUCCCUCGUGAGGGGCCUUCACAAAACCCACGGCCACGGCCUACCAAUCACCCACAGCGCCAACCGAGGAUGGACGUGGGACAUUCGUCCAACGCCUGCAAGUGUCCAAAAUUGCCAGGCUCGGUCGGAAACAAUGGAAGGCUUUCCCUGGCAUACGGACUGCAGCUAUGAGACACACCCGCCGCGAUUCUUUGCCCUGCAUGUUCUUCAACCGGAUACCUGUGGUGGUGGUACUUUGUCUGUUUUGAAAGUUGGACACCUGCUCGCUCUUCUCUCCCCAUUCGCAAAAAAAUGGCUCUCGGCCCCGCAUUAUCGAAUUGCUGUUCCUCCUGAGUUCGAAAAGUGUCCAGAGGAUGAAUAUGUCGUUGGGAGUUUACUAGCUAGAAGUGCAGAUGGAAAGGCAGCUCAGCUUCGUUUCCGCGAAGACAUCAUUACACCGCUGAAUCCGCAGGCCGCAGAAGCCUUGGAAGAGCUAAAACGUGUCAUCCUCGGUCCUGUCUCCAAUUCACAUACUUUACAUCUGACGGCCCAGGAUUUAUCCUGGGGUUCAAUUAUUCUUAUGGAUAACCGUCGCUGGUUACACGCGCGAAAUCAAGUCAAGGAUCCAAACCGUCAUUUACGACGAGUCCGAUGGGAUGCAAAAGUAUUCGGCACUGCGUCAGUUACAAUCUGA